AUGGCUGAUGAAAUUCUAAAAAUUAAAAAGGACAUAGCUUUAAAUCAUGCGGUGAUAUUUAUUGGUUCAGGUAUAUCUACUUACACAACCAACAGUGAACAAGAUGUUUCUCACUUUAAGGGAUUAUUAAAAAAUGGGUUACAACAAUGUCACCAGUCAGGAUGGAUCAGUGAUAAAGAAUUCGAGGAUUUCAAUAUUAAGUUCCACAGUAACACAGCUGAAGUUGAUGACUAUUUACUUGCUGCCGACCGAAUUAAGUACUACUUCAAAAUGCAAAGUGAUGCAACGAACCAUGAUCUUUAUAAAUCAUGGUUAAGAGAAACAAUUGGAAAUUUAUCAGUUAAAAGACCAGAACUUAUUAAUGCUAUCGGAGAAUUGGGAUGCCCUAUUCUCACAACUAACUAUGACUCACUUCUCGAAGACAUACUUAAUAAAAAAACAUUAAUUUGGAAUGAAUAUGAUGCUAAUAGUAUGGACAACUCAUUGGAGAAUUUGAAAAAUUAUAUUUUACAUGUAUACGGAUAUUUUAAAGAACCGGAUAGUGUAAUUUUCAAUAGUGAUGAUUAUAAUAGAUUUCUGGAAAAUGAAUUUAGGCAAUCACAACUGAGAGCACUUAUAGACGCAAGAAGUUUAUUAUUCAUAGGAUAUGGUGCCAGAAUGUCUGAUCCAAAUUUUUCGAAUUUAUUAAAAUGGAUAUUUCAUGCAACAGGUGAUAAACCAUUGUCAAUUUAUAAAUUUAUUAUAUCAAAUAAAAAUAAAAUACUCAAUCAAACAUCAGAUGUUUCAUUUUUGGAAAAUAUUAGAGAAGUUCAAUAUGGCAAUAAUUCGCAAGAUUUAUUAUAUUUUAUAAAAAGUCUUAAGCCAUUUACAUCAAUCAUACGUGAAAAUUUAUUAUUAACGAACAAAAAAGAAAAGAUUCUCAAAAAAUAUUUGAAUUAUCUUAUCAAUGAAUAUGGGCAUGUAUCAAUUUUUGGAUACUCUAAUAUUAACAUGAGUUUACCAUUAGAAAGUAUUUAUGUAGAAUUAAAAUUUGAUCCAACACAUCCAUCGAUUAAAGCCAUGAAAAUGCUCGAAAUUUAUGAAGAAUUUAAACGUAAACUUCUAUCUCCAGAUUUUUUCAAUGAGACUGAAAGAAAACAAUUGCAUAGAGCUAUCAUAGAAAAAAAUGCAUACAAUUCGGAAACGAUCUAUCGAGAUUUCAUGAUUGAACAAUGGUUAAAUAUACUAUUAAACAACAAAAAUAUAUUUACUGAAAACGAAGCAACUAGUAUUAAAAAUAAAGUAAAUCGAUUAAAACGAAGUAUUUUAGAAAACAAUAAUCUUAAAGAAGCAAAACAAUAUCAAAUUCAACAAGUAUAUUUUAAGUUUAAACAUUUUUUAAUAUUAGGUCAUCCUGGUUCAGGCAAGACCACUUUAUCAAAAUGGUUGGUAAUGAACAUGGCUAAACAGUGUCUAGGUGAGGAAAAUAUGUUAUUUGAAUGUGAUUAUUCUACGAACAACAAAAUACCAAUUCUUAUUCCAAUAUGGAAAUAUGUUGAUCAAUUAAAAGAAAAUCGAAAUCAACGAAAAAAGACUUUACUUCAAUUUAUUUAUGAAAAUCCUACUCUCGAUUCAACAUUUUUCACUGAUGAUGAGCGACAGGAAUUAUCAACUUGUAUUGUUGAAUCAUUAUUGAAAGGAAAUGUUUUAGUUAUUUUCGAAGGAUUAGAUGAAGUUCCUGCUCAUAUCGAUCGAUCUGAUUUAAUGAAAGAAAUAAAUACAUUAUUAGAACGAGGAAUUGAUUAUGACAUUAUAUAUGAUAAAGUUACGUAUUCAAUUCAUGAACAAAAGGAAAUAAAUAAUACUAAGGAUCCUAAUAUUGGAAAUCGGUUUAUUAUAACAAGUCGUAUCGAAGGAAAUUAUUUUGAAGAUAUUAAUUUUUACAUUCCAAGAUUAACUAUUGAAGAUAUGUCUAAUGAUGCUCUUAAAUUAUUUUGUAGUUCAUAUAUGAAAUCUAUUAAAAAUAUUUCGAUUAAAUCAGAUAAAAUCAGUAAAGAAUAUGAUUCUAAUCAACUAUACAAUGAUAUAACGCAAAACAAAGAUAUUUUUCAGUUGGCAAUUAAUCCACAAUUAGCUAGUGUAAUUGCUGCAAUUUAUAAUCAAUAUGAAGAUAAAUUACCAGAGAAAAGAAUUGAUUUAUAUGAAAAAGCUAUUGAAAAGAUGAUAGAACGUUUAGUAACUUCUUAUAUAAAUUGUAAAACAAAUGAUCUCGAUAAAGAAUUUGAAUUAAAUGCUACUAUGCUAUGGUCAAUAUUACAAGAAAUAGCUGAUUAUCUACAUAAUAAAGUUGAAGGACUAUCAGAGAAUAUUUUAAAAGAAAUAAUAAGAAAAUAUUUAACAAAUUAUCAAAAACAAUUAUCAACAAAUUCUAAAACAAACAUUAAUGAUUUAAUCUCAAAGCUUGUGGAUAUUUUUAAAUAUCAAGCAGGUUUACUCAAUGAAUUUGGUCAUAAUAGUUUUCGAUUUAUACAUCGUACAUUUCAAGAAUAUCUUGCAGCUAAAAGUAUUAUCUAUUCUUAUGGUAUCGAACGAUCUGAAGAAAUGAUUUAUCGAAAUAUUCAUAAAAAAAUUGGUAUUCCUAAUUGGAGAGUUCCUCUUAGUAUGACAUUUGGAAUAUUAAGUAAAUCAAUUAAACAUAGUCUAUUAUUUAACAAUAUUAUUACAAGAUUGUUAAAAGAUGAACAAAUUUCAUCAAAUACAUCCUCUUCUACACUUCUAGUACCAUUUGUCAUCAUUGAUUCAUUAAAUGAUACGUACUUUUCGUCCAAAGAUAUAGAAUUUGAAUUGAUUCGAAAAUUAGCAGAUAUGCUAUUGUUAGAUUAUAAGAAUAUGUCUGGCUUCUCACGAUUGAAAGAACAUCAAGAAUUAAUUCAGUCAUAUUUUAUGAAACUGAAAAAUAAAUAUGCUAAUAAAUGUACAGAAUGGUUUAUUGACAAAAUCAAUCAUGAAGAAAAUAUUGCUGCGUGUGCUAAUAUUAUUUAUCAACUUAAAUGGUAUCAUCCAAUGUUUCAUGAAAUAUUUCUAAAGAAUUUACACAAUGAUUCUAUCAUUUGGAAUUGGCCUAUCGAUACCGUGUUACGAUUCUAUGCAAAUGAAAUUAAAGAUGAAGCAGUUCGAACUCAAUUAAAAUUUCAAAAUGCGAUAAAUAACAAUUCAAAAAUGAUCAUCUAUAUUGAAAAUCAUAACAAUUGGUUAUCUCUAAUUACAGCUCUUUAUGGAGGAUAUAAAAAUUAUAAUAUUCAAGCAACAAUUUCCGAAUAUUAUGAAAUCGUUCAAUUUCUUGGAUUAAGUGAUAAUGAAAGAUUACCAUUUAUUUUUUAUUAUCAAGAAAUUUGGGGUAGAGAUGAUGCAGCCUAUAAUAUGGCUGUGUAUCUUGAUACCUUUGUGCCUAAAGAUCAUUGGAACGAAAAACCAAUGUUUAAUAAAAAUCAAAUCUAUAAAGAAUCAUUUUUGACAAACAAAAUUCUCGAAUUGCUUGAAGAAGAAAAAUCUACGACAGAACUGACAGAAGAUUUACGAAAACAAGUAAACCACAAAUAUUUAAAUAUGAAUGAAGAAAUAGAAGCAUUAAUUGCAUUGCUCGCUCUAGGAGAUUUCAAUUUUAUAAAUACUAUUAUAAAUGAACGAGACGAAAUGUUUAUAAAAAACUUCAGAAAUAGAAUAGAACAACUUAUUGAUAUUUUGAAAGAUCCAAUAGCCAGAUGGUCUUCACAUAUUGGUCAGUAUUUACUUGAAAUUUAUAACGAUAUGAAAGUGAAUCCGUAUAAAUAUACUCUAAGUUUUCUAAACUAUUGCACAAUAUAUUUAUCAUUAAUAGUCAAUGCUGGAGGCUUACCAAUUGACACUAAGAUAUUAGCUGAAGCAGUAAGCAAUGUUGAAGAUAAAUACAGUUUAUAUGCAGAAUAUUUUGCCUUUCAAUUUACUAGUGCUGUUGAUGAUGAUUUCCGAUAUAAAAUCGCUGUAUUAUGUGAUACAUACAUUCCUUCAAGUAAAACUGACCAAAUUAUAAACUCAUUUUUAAACAUCAGUAAUGCUAUUCAGAUCAAUAAACCAAUUCGAGCAUAUCCAUGGGCUACAGAUUUAUUUACUUUUAAAUCAAAUGAUGACGAUGAUAUACCAAUAGCAUUUUUCAAUUGUUUAGAAAACAUUAAUACUAAUGUGCCAUGUCUAGUAGAUACUGUUUCUCACAUGUUCUUUAAAGAAGAAUAUUUCAAUAGAAAUCCUGAAUUGAUUCCAUUAGUUAUAUUGUUACACUUUGGUAUUAUGUCAAAAGAUUUAGAUAGGUUUAAGAUCUACAAAAAUUUACUACCUGAAUUGAUUGAAAAACCAGAUGUAAAAGAUUUUUUAUUUGAAAAAAUUCAAACAAUGUGUAAUCCAUAUUAUAAAUCAAGAGCAUUAUAUCAAUUAGCUGAAUUUUAUGAUGAAAAAUGUUAUGAACUCUUAAAUGAAUCUUUUAUAUUAACAAAAAAUAUUCAAAAACCAAUAUUAAAGUUUCAAGUUUUGGAAAAAAUUUUUUGCAUUAUUCAUUAUAAAGAAGUAGAACAGAAAUUAUUCAUCGAGCAAGUAAUCAAUGAAUUAAUUUUAACAUUUGAUCAUAUUGAAAAUCUUUAUAAUCGAAUUAUUGCAUCAAUAAGAUUAUCAUUUUAUAGAUCAGGAGAUUUUCGAAAAAAAUAUUUAACAAAUGCUGUAGAAAUGCUAACUAGAAUGGAUGAAAAUGAUGAUAAAAUUAAACUAACUAUUAAAUUAAAAUCUUUAAUUAAUAUUUAUGAUGAUCUUCAAAUUAAGUUGAAUGAAAUUAUAGACAGUUUCAAAAACAAAAUGAAUAAUUAUUUUGUUAAUUCUUACUAUGGACGAAUCUUAUUAUAUACUGAAACAUUUCAUCUUCGUUCUUCAAACUUAAGUUUAGAUACAAAUCAAAAUUUAGAAAAUAGAGAUGAUAAUAAACAAACAGCAAAUAUUUCAAAUUAUAAUGAACUUCAAACUUUAUUUUUAUUAUUUGCACAAUUGAAUGACACAAAACUAGUUAUUGAUAAAACAGAAAGUACAAAUCAAUUAUGGACUAAUCUUUUUAAAGAUACUGAUAAUCAAUCAAAUAUUGAAAAGAUAUUAAAUAUUGGUUUACAUAAUGAAAUAUUUUUGACACCACAAAUAGCCAUAAUUAUUGAUGAAUUGUUACAACUAGGAAAACAAGAUAGUAUUUCAAUAAUUUUUCCAUAUAUUAUAAAACCAUCUAAUGAAGUAUUACCAAUUGUUCAAAAAUGGUUUACUCAGCAUAAUAAUAAUUCAAUUAAAAAUUUAGCAGCUAUUCUACUUGCAGAAGCAAAGCAUGUUUUUGAAUCAGCAAUCGAUACAAUUGUUGAUUUACUAAUAAAUGAUAAUGAUCAAAUGAGAUAUAGAGCUCAACGAAUUUUUCAACAUCCAGAAAGAGAUGUCAAAGAACCAAGUAAGAGAAUAUCUGUAAUAGGAGAAAAGACAUUGACAAAAAUUCUUGAAUAUGCAUGGGCAAAAAAGCAUCUUCCACGAAUUCGAGCUUAUAUUGCUAGUUUUUUCUAUGACUUAUUAUGGGAUGAUCCUCGAGUUUUUCGUCACUUAAAUGAACAUAUAAAUCAAUUAGAAGAGAGAACCUUUGUCAAUGAACGAAGAAUGCAGUUCUUAGAUAGGAUUCAUUUCAUAAAUGAACAUACUUGGAAUUCAAUAAUGCGAACAUUAGAAUCAUCACGUAAUCCAACAUCAAUAAAAGAACUACUUUACUCAACGAUGAUGUUAACACAGAAUGAUCAAAUUAAACAAGAAAAUUGGAUUGAAUUUUCUAGAAUAUUAUCAGUUACGGAUAUAAGCCAGUUUAAAGAAAGACUUUUCUUCAUAUAUAACGAUGUUGAAAGAAUAGAAUUUAUGCUCGAUAAUGUUUGUGCAUUAACAAAUAUUAAUGAUGAUAAAUAUUUCGAAAUUAUUGAAUCACGAUUGAUUCGAGAAAUAUCCGUUGGAUUUGAGAAUCUCUCACAAAAUAGUUAUAACGAAAUUAAACAUAUAGGUCGCUGCAACUUGUACCUUUCUACUGACUUGAAUCAAACUGUAUUGAAUAUGUUAAAUAAUAUUUCAAUAAAUAUUGUUCUUGUGGAAAAUUUAAUAACAUG